GCCGUUAAAUCAAUAAUGAAACAAACGGUGCCGUUUAAAGGAACUCAUCAGUCUAUUCGGAUCUCAUCCUCGAAACAGAAACUUCAAUGUUCAGAUAGCUACUCCUCGCGAAGAAAACAUCUCAACUCAGGCUCGAUCAGUAGCAGAUUCAAUACUUUGCUAAGGAAGCACAUGAGGCAUUCGGUUAAUCGUCCGCCAACACCAGACGCACGGGAUGAUCAAGAUCAAGAGCCCACGCUUCAAGAAAUUAUCAACAUCAAGUUGAUUGAGAGUGGGGAAAAGGAACGACUGAUGGAGCUUCUGAGGGAAAGGCUCAUAGAAUGUGGGUGGAAGGAUGACAUGAGAGCUCUUUGCAGGGCAUUUAUAAAGAAGAAGGGGAGCAAUAAUGUUACUGUGGAUGACCUAGUGCAUGUGAUUACUCCAAAAGGCAGAGCUUCAGUUCCUGAUUCUAUAAAGGCUGAGCUGUUGCAAAGAAUUCGAACCUUUCUCGUUUCAGUUGCUCUUUGAUAUACAUUAUCAGCUUGAUAUGACGUGUGCUUGAAGAUUUAGGAAAGUCAUAAUCCUUAUGUUGAAUGAAAUACAUUGUAAGAUUCGUUGGCUGAGAGGAUAAAAGUGACAUUUACAAAUAGAAGCAUGUAACGGGAUCAAGGAAAAAGAUGUUUCAUGCUGCAAUUUAAGAAAGUUCAACAUUCUGUAUCAGCUAUGUAAAAAAGCUUAUAAUAUAAAAUUUGAAGAACAAUUUCGUCUUGUA